CACACACCAGAAAAUAGAGAGAGGCAAACAGACUACAAGAGAGGGUGUUAGCAGCAUGACUUCAGCCUGUAAACUUCACUGGCAUAUUGUGCUAGUUGUCCUGGCAGCUCUCAAGGGAGAGAGUAGAUAUAUACAGGUCAGUGAUCCUGCAGAAGAUGCUUUUGUUUUCCUAAACUCCGAUCUUAAAAGAGAACUGUCUGAGGGACAAAUAUAUCGCAGAUCUCUCAGAUGCAUCGACAUGCUGGGUAUAGACGGACAGUUCACAUUUAAAGCAGACCAACCUCAGUUGCACUGUGCUCUUUUCAUCAUUGCGCAGCCAGAGGAAAUAAUCACCAUUGAAUACAACUUUGUAAACAUUGACUGCCUUGGUGGAGACAUCCUUAAGGUUUUUGAUGGCUGGAUAAUGAAGGGAGAAAAAUUUCCAAGUUCUAUGGACCACCCACUCUCUACUGGUGAUCGUUAUACCGACAUCUGUGAAAGUCAAAAUGGGGGGAGUAUCAUAAGAUCAUCUCAAAAUGUGGCAAUGAUUUUCUUCAGGGUGCAAGAGCCAGGACAUGGAUUUACGUUAACCAUAUAUAAGAUUCCUAAUUUAUUCCCUUGCAAUGUGAUCUCACAAUCACCCAAUGGAAGAUUUACAAUGGUGAUUCCCCAUCAACACAGAAAUUGCAGCUUUUCGAUUAUCUACCCCGUAAUGAUUAAAAUAUCAGAUCUCACGUUGGGUCAUUUCAAUGAGCUUCAGUUAAAGAAGCCACCACCUAUAGGGUGCAGUGAAGCUGGAGAUUUUGUAGAACUCUUAGGGGGUGCCGGACUAGAUCCUUCCAAGAUGUUUCCAUUGGCUGAUCUUUGUCACUCAUUUCAUGGAUCAGCCCAGAUGAAAAUUGGCUGUGAUAACAGUGUUGUGCGGAUGGUUUCCAGUGGCAAUUUUAUCAACAGAGUGACUUUCGAGUACAGCCAGCUAGACAGACAUCUUGAAAAACAACAAGGAAAUACUGUGGAAGAGGUCUGCGCCCCUAUCAAUUAAUGGAUUAUAAAAAGCAAAAUUCCUCUGUAAAGAUCAAGUUUCACUUUCUUAUUUCCUUUGCUUGUUAAGAUACAGAACUUGUACUUUAUUUAAUUAUUCACAUUUCUGUAUUUUGUAUUGUUAAUUUAAAGGAAAUCACAAAGAGACACUAUCCUUUCUAAGGUGUCAUACUACUAUAAACAAUUUACAUCCAUGUAAGAAAUACAGGAAAUAAAAACACAUUGAUUGAAUUCACUUUAUCUUAAAAUUCUAACACAGGUGGGCUAAAAGUAGUUAAUGGCUAUUUCCGUAGUUCCAAAACUAUAUUGUACCAGUAUAUUUGCCGCUCUAUACCCCCUCUCUCUUCUGUUAUACCUUUGUAUUUAGUGUACCCAUUUUAUCACUAGUUUAUCUCAAAACUUCUGCUUUAUCCGUUUGUCAUAUUACAAAUAAAAACAGAAAGAGAAGCAGUCUGCCAGGAACGAACAACAGCUCAGUGGCUUGUUCACACCUGGGAGCAGCUUCUUUUAGCCCAAUUGUGCUUUUCACAGAGGAAAACUUUCUAGAACUAUAUCAGUCUGAUCCCGCCUAGUAAGGUUAGUCCAGCACCGAAAUACCAGGUAAUUCUCCUCUGAACAAGGGAAAUGGCAACCCUAGAUGAACGUUUUGGCCUCGUUAGUGAGGUGCAGCCAUAUCCCUCUAAGCACAUUGGGCAAGGAGUCCACAUCUGGUUUCCCCCAUCACCCUUAGGGAGACUUUCCUUGGGGUCAUAAUACAAAUACAAACAGAAUGAGAAGCAGUCUGCCAGGAACAAACAAUAGCUUAAUGGCUUGUUCUUGGUCAUGUUGCAUAUUCUCACUUUCAAUUUUAAUCUCUAGAGCGCUAAUCUCUAGAGCUCCCCACUGUCCUGCGCCCAGCAUUUAGAAUGAUAGUCCAGUUUGGAAGCUCUAUUCCAUUCUCCCUCCUGCCACUACCUUUCCCUUUAAAUUUCCUAGGGCCCGAUGAUCAGAAACUCGCUGGCACAAAGAGAAAUAAUGCAAAAUCUUUGGGAGCUUUUUUUUGAGCAUUAUAUUGUAACGUAAGUGUUUCUCUUUCACAUCUAGAACCCUGUAUAGCUUUAUAAACAGUUCUCAAGCUAAAAUUUGCCUUUUUAAAAUUAUUUGAGGGACCUCGCCAUACUGACAAGACUCCUUCGGGGUCGCGCUCGUAUUACAAGUCAAAAGUAAAUCGCACAAAAAGCAGAAGAAUAUUGCAUUACCGUAUCCCCCCAUAGAAGUCAAUGGAGCAAGAAAAGUGGGGGAAAAACCUAACACUUACUUGCGCACAAAUCCAAUCGCAUUUUCUCAAGUGCGCUAACUCAAAUUGAAAAUAUUAAUAUUUCAUAUUCCAAUGUUCUUUACAUAGAAGAAUAUGUUCUGUUUAUUCAUAA